AUGUCUGAGGAGAGUCUUGAGGUAAAUGUAAGCGGCUUUUCUUAUGCUGAAGCCCUCAGCGGAGGAGUGAAGCCCUUAACAAACCCCUCAAACCCUGUUGUCUUCCUUGAUGUUGCUGUGGGGUCGCAUGCAAUGGGCCGCAUUAAAAUUGAACUGUUCAAACACCUCAUGCCGAAAUGCGCAGAAAACUUCAGACAAUUCUGCACAGGGGAAUUCAAGAUGAAUUCGGUCCCCGUCGGCUACAAAAAUGUGACAUUCCACAGAGUCCUCAAGGGAUUCAUGGUUCACGGUGGGGACUUUGUGAAGGGCGACGGCAGCGGGAGUAUGAGCAUUUACGGUAGCAGCUUUCCUCUGGAGUCUGCUGCUAUGCCUGAGACAAUUCAGGGUUUAAGUGGUGCUGCAGCAACAGCAGCAGCAGCAAAAGCAAUUGCUGCAGGUUGCGUGCCGCACUUCCGUGCGGGCCUCCUCUGCAUGGCAAACAGUGCUGCUGCCAGCAGCAAACAGCAACAGCAGCAGCAGCAGGAGCAGCAGCAAAGGAGCGGCACCAACGGUUGUCAGUUCUUCAUCACCUGCGGCCCCUGUCUUUGGCUCGACGGCCGCAACGAUGUCUUCGGACAGGUCAUAGGCAGGGACUCCUACCAAGUACAAACUCCUGCUGCUGCUGCUGCUGCUAAUGCUAAUGCUGUAGCUCCUGGUGCUAAUGUUGUUGCUGUUCCUGCUCCUCAUGCUGUUGUUGAUGUUGCUGGUGGUGCUGUUGCUGCUGCUGCUGCUUCUGUUGCGUGCGGAGUCUGGGGGUAUUUAUCCAACAACCACAGCUAG